AUGUCCGAGUCAAAAAGCCCUAACUAUCUUAGUCCAAUGGGCACUGAUGCAGGCAAGAGCCGACGGGAACGAAAUAGAGAAGCACAGCAACAAUUUCGGAAACGUAAACAAGCUGUUGAAGCGGCUAGGGUGCAAAGACUGAAGCGACUUGAAGGCGUGGUUGAGAGAAUGAGUACGGUGAUUGUGGGCUUUGCGGAUAAGAUGCUGCAUGAGGAGAUACUGCAACAAUAUCCUGAAUUGGCGACCGACGUCCAGAAUGUUAUUAAGGAGGUUCUUAGGCUGGCAAACGAGGCGGGGGACCCCGAAGAGACGAAGUCGGGUGAACGGUAUGAACAGAAAUCGCCGGAAUAUGGGGACGACGAAUCGGAUACACGAAGAUCUUCACAGGACUCAGCAAGCCCAGCAGGAUCACAGAAUUUACUAAUCGGCAUGCCAUUUUCCUUCGAUCCACAUGACAUCUUCACGACACACUCCCCACUAGAGCACAGCCAACUCAGAGGCUCACCUCAAGUCGUAUAUCCAACAAGACAAGACCCGCGUCAAGACUCCCAUUUACCAUGGUUACCACCGUCAUUCAUGGUACACUCGCUGGGCUCUGGCCUUUGGGACACACCUACGUCACUAUCUUCAACAUCUGUUUCCUCUCCCGCACUACAGUCGCGCUUCAAUACAGGUCCAAGACUUCCCGAAGAAGCAGCCCCAGCUCAUACGUUCCUAGAUUAUCCUGAUCUAUACCGCGGUUAA